AAUUCAGGAUCCCAUUCAAGUCUGGUCUGGAAGGAAAUUUUGAUACCACUUCAAAACAUGUUUGUCAGAAAUGUUGGGUGUCAAAGUUUGUAUGUAAUAUAUGUAGAUCUGUAUUUAACACUCCUUGCUAUAGCCCUGGGAAUUAUUAUUGACUAGGGAAGACACUUUUCUCUCACUGUUAAGCUGUAUGGUUCUCAACUAAGACUCCUGAAUAAUUUACGAUAAUUUGCAUAUUUUUUAGUUAAGUUUUCUCCGCUCUUUUAGCUCAGCCAUCAGAGAAACCAAUAGCAAAAGGAUGGAAGCCAGUAAAACCAUGCACUAAUUGCAAAGGUUGUUCAGAAGACAUCCGUGCAGCUUUUAAUGAAAAGCUUGUGAAGUUCUUGUCUGAAGAAUUCAUGCAAUAUGUUCAAAGGUCGUCUCUAGCUUCUGCAGAGAAAGUUCAAGGUCAGUCUGACAGCAUGGGUAAAGUUCAUCUUUUACUCUGGAAAUUCACACACCUUGAUGAAAAUGCUGAUUACAUGCUGGAAAUGAGAGAGUUACAUAAUUUCCUCAAGAUAACAAAAAAGUCUAUUCAUCCCAAAAAGUGCAGCCGUACUUUUGUGGCCUACUGCGACCGGGACGGAGACCACAAGAUAUCGCUCAAUGAGUGGUAUACGUGUUUUGGAGUAAAAGAAAUAAAGAAGUGCACUGGAGAAUAUUUAGCAGCACUGAAAUCAAACAAGCAUUCUUCAGGUGCAAACCAGCAGUACUUGCCACGUUGUGCGAGUGAUGGGUCAUACUCUCCCACUCAGUGUCAUUACUCUAUUGGUUACUGCUGGUGUGUUGAUGUUGACACAGGCAAACCAAUACCUGGCACAACAAGGAAGUCUACGUCUCUCGAUUGCUGGAAGUAUAUGGCCAAAGACAAUUCAACAAGUCUAGUGAAAAAAGAAUGUGCACAAGACCUGUGGACCUCAUUCAAAAGAAAUAUGCUGAGAUUAUUUAGGAAGGAUCUGGAGGAGGAUUAUCCCACUGGUGAUGAGAGUCACUCAGAAACCCUGAUAAGAAAUCAGCGCAGGAGUGCCAGAUCAGGGGACCUACAUUAUGUCGGUUCAUUACUAACUGACAAGCAAGUUUUUAUCUGGAAGUUUAAUCGACUGGAUAGCAAUAGGGACAAACUGCUUGUAUCUAGUGAAUUUCUGACAGCUUCUAUGAAAAAAAUUCUUGGCAACAUCAAACGAGGAAGAAAAUGUGGCAAAAAGCUGUUAAAUGAUUGUGAUCUUGACAAAGACAGAGGAUUAUCCAUGACAGAGUGGAAACUCUGUUUAACAAUAAGCAACGGGCGAAUGCCUCUGCAGUAAAAUAUCUUCAUUCAACAACAGGAGCUCAAAUGGAAAGUCAAGACCCUAGAAUGCGGGAAGUAGCACUGGGUGGAACAAAGCAGGCCAUACCUAGACCUGUCGACUGGUGUUCCUAUACUUUUUGUUCCAAAGAGACCACAAACAUUGCAAAAAGACAUGAAUGUACAAAUGUACUUUGAUGAACAAACUAAGGCAAAAUUAAAAUGCCAUGUUUUUUUUCAGGGGUGCCUUGUAUUUAACAUUUUCACAACAGACAACUUGUAAGAUAACAUUUUCUACAAGAAACCACCACUCAUGCAGAGAAAAGAAAUAGCAUGAAGUGUUUUAGUAGACACUAAACUUUCCAUGUUAUUGAUCACUAGAUCACUAGUCAGAUCUCCCACAAACUUAACUUAUACAAAGCUUGCAAGUGGCCAAAAUGUAAGUUCUCAAUACAUGUGUCAAGAAAUAGACACUCCUAUGGAGUUGACAAUCACAAAAACAGUCAAAUUCAUAGUCAGUUUAGUAUUGGACAAUCACGCUUAUGGCUUAAGUUUCUACUAAAAUAUUUAAUGUGAUAUCAAACAAGGGUGGCUUUAAGGACUUAGUGUGUUUUAGUGUGGCUAAAAUAUCAGACACUGCACUUAAUAAUCAGUACCAACUGACAGUAGUCCAAGAGGCAAAUACAAGAGACAUAAUACAUUAUGUAUUAAAAAAUAUACUGGCCAAGCAUCACAUUGGAGGCAAUAUAACUGCGGUUAAUGUUAUAAUUUAUGAACGAUUUUGGUGCUUGUUCAGAACAGUUCAAAAAGAUACAAUAUUAAAUUAGCCUUAGAUUUAACUGCUUUAGAUGAUACCUAGAAAGGUUUUGCUUGUGUACAUGUAAUGCUGUUGUUUGGUCAAUCAAAGCACUG